UAUUACCAAGUGAGAAUUACAAAACAGGAAAGAAAAAAGAAAAAAAAAAAAAAACUGGACAACUCCCAGCUUUGCAAGCAACUAUAUACUACAAAAUACCACCUUUAUAUCAAUCAAAUUACACAAGCUCAGAACAUCACAAACAACAUGCUAAAAUAGCCAAACAAGUAGCUGAGAGAAUUUUAGAGUAUGUAACAGUAUGGUUAGUCUUGGUUUCAAUCUGCCCCUGAGAUGCACAUCGUGGAUAAUCUGUCUCACUAGUACUGUGAAAACUCUGGACUUUCCUUGAAAAAUUCUUUAAGAUAAUACACAAAUAGUCAGAUGAUGCAAUGGUAUAUAAUUCGUCAAAUUUGUGAAGAUUCAUUAUGAGUAAAGGGAUCAAACUUAUGUAUUUCAUUAACUAAUACUAAAUGUCCUCAGUCAAAUAUUAAAAAGAUCAAAAUUAACAUUUAGUGAUAUUGGAGAGACGGAAUGUGCAAAUUGUUAGUCAAUUUGUGAAGACUAAUCAGUCAUCACAAGCAGAGACACCAAUAUCACAUAUUUCAAUUAAUUAAAUGUUAAAUGUGCUUAAUCAAAUAUCAAGGACUAAAAUUAAAAUAAAUAAAAAAAUCAAUAUUUGAGGACUAAAAUGUGAAAAAUUAUUAAACUCAACCGCUAAGCAGCAAAAUGUCGUUAUAUAACUGGCUCGCAUUCAUCAUUUCAUCUUCAAGAAAUCAGUUAGAAAGAAAGAAAUUACAGUUCCAAGAAACAGAAAACAUAUCAAAAUAUGACUUACAACAUUUACAGUUCCUCCACUGUCCACCACCACCACCCUUCUGUCACUACCACCGCCGCCAUCUCCGGUGAAAAAACAGAAAACAAUACAGUGUCUCUAAAGAGAAAAAAGUCUCAUUCACCACCACUCUCUUCUCCUAAAAGAGUCACUCUCAAUUCACCAAUUACUGCUUUUUCACCCUUGUCCAAAAGGGUGUCUGAUAAAUCACCUUUUUCUACCAACACCACUAAUGCCAUGGUGGCACCACCAUUACCGCUAUUUUCAAGAUUCACAACAACAACACAGCCUAAUAGUAUCAAGAAUCUGCGCCGAACACUCUCAGAACCACCAGUUUUUAAAUCUUUUACUGACUUUUGUCAUUACAUCAAUUCACAGUCACCAGAAAAUGACAAGAACAUUAAUUCAAUCUCUGUGAAAUCGCAGCGUCUUCCUAGAUCAAUUUCUGCUCCCACUGAUGCUGAUAUUCUGGUCGUGAAGGGACAAAAAGAGUUAUUGAAUGAACAAGAUACUACUGCUCCUGAUAAUGAAGAAAGUAACAGUGACAAUUCUGAGAUAUUAAAACAACUUACCAAUGAAGAUACUGCUUCUGAUAAAGACGAGGACACGAGUAACAAUUCUGAGAAGUCUUAAGGGUGGAAGCUGGUGACAUGGCAUGAUGCAUGGAGAUCUUUCAAUCGUCACAGGAACUGUUCAUAAAAAUAAUAUUGACCACGUUAAAUGUUAGUUACGUUUUAGUGAAAUAGUGGCUCUUCUAGGGUUUUAUUUUCUUUGCUCUUCUAACUUGUUAUAUCAUCUUACAACAGUUGUAUAGUGUUGCUAAUUUUUUCUUCUAUUAAUGUUGAGAGGUGUGUGAAAAGCUAGGUGCAUCAGAUCGUGAAGCACAUUAAUUAGGACUAGAUAAUUGUAACAUUU